AGAGUCGAGCCGGCGGCCCUUCCCGGCGGAGGCAGGGCGCGGAGUGGUGCGGCGGGCGCGGCGGCACCGGUGCCCGCACCGCGGCGGGGCGCGCAGAGGCCGCCGGCGGCCCUUCUCCCUGCUCCCGGAGGCGGCGCACCAUGGCCGGGGAGCGCCGGGCGGCGGCGGGCGUGCGGCGGCGGGCCGAGGGGGCGCGGGGACACGGGCGGGCGCCCCUGCCCGCCGCGGUGCCCGCCGCCUGAGGCCGCCCGGGGGCGCGGAGCCGGCGCGGCGCGGGCGCAGGAGGCGACUCGAGGCGCGAUGUCGGUGCCGCUGCUCAAGAUCGGGGUCGUGCUCAGCACCAUGGCCAUGAUCACCAACUGGAUGUCCCAGACGCUGCCCUCGCUCGUGGGCCUCAACACCACCCGGCUCUCGGCGGCCCGCGGCGGGACGCUCGACCGCAGCACCGGUGUGUUGCCCACCAACCCUGAGGAGAGCUGGCAGGUGUACAGCUCCGCCCAGGACAGCGAGGGCAGGUGCAUCUGCACAGUGGUCGCCCCCCAGCAGACCAUGUGCUCACGGGACGCCCGCACGAAACAGCUGAGGCAGCUGCUGGAGAAGGUGCAAAACAUGUCCCAAUCCAUAGAGGUCCUGGACCGGCGGACUCAGAGGGACUUGCAGUAUGUGGAGAAGAUGGAGAACCAGAUGAAAGGGCUGGAGUCCAAGUUCAAACAGGUGGAAGAGAGUCAUAAGCAACACCUGGCCAGACAGUUCAAGGCGAUAAAAGCGAAAAUGGAUGAACUUAGGCCUUUGAUACCUGUGUUGGAGGAGUACAAGGCCGAUGCCAAAUUGGUUUUGCAGUUUAAGGAGGAGGUCCAGAAUCUGACGUCAGUGCUUAACGAGCUCCAAGAGGAAAUUGGCGCCUAUGACUACGAUGAGCUGCAGAACAGAGUGUCCAAUCUUGAAGAGAGGCUCCGUGCGUGCAUGCAAAAGCUAGCUUGCGGCAAGCUGACGGGCAUAAGUGACCCCGUGACCAUCAAGACGUCCGGCUCGAGGUUCGGGUCCUGGAUGACCGACCCCCUGGCCCCAGAAGGUGAUAACAGGGUCUGGUACAUGGACGGCUACCACAACAACCGCUUCGUGCGCGAGUACCGGUCCAUGGCCGACUUCAUGGCCACGGACAACUUCACGUCGCACCGCCUGCCGCACCCCUGGUCCGGCACCGGCCAGGUGGUCUACAACGGCUCCAUCUACUUCAACAAGUUCCAGAGCCACAUCGUCAUCCGGUUCGACCUGCGGUCGGAGAGCAUCCUGAAGAUGCGCAGCCUGGACUACGCCGGCUACAACAACAUGUACCACUACGCCUGGGGCGGCCACUCGGACAUCGACCUCAUGGUGGACGAGAACGGGCUGUGGGCCGUCUACGCCACCAACCAGAACGCCGGCAACAUCGUGGUCAGCAGGCUGGACCCCGUGUCCCUGCAGGUGCUGCAGACCUGGAACACCAGCUACCCCAAGCGCAGCGCCGGCGAGGCCUUCAUCAUCUGCGGGACCCUCUACGUCACCAACGGCUACUCGGGGGGCACCAAGGUGCACUACGCCUACCAGACCAACGCCUCCACCUACGAGUACAUCGACAUCCCAUUCCAGAACAAGUACUCACACAUCUCCAUGCUGGACUACAACCCCAAGGACCGCGCCCUGUACGCCUGGAACAACGGCCACCAGGUCCUCUACAACGUCACCCUCUUCCACGUCAUCCGGUCCGACGAGUUGUAGCCGCCUCGGCCCGGGAGCCGGCGUCCCGGCCUCGCCCCCCGCGGACGUCCCCGCGACGCAGCUGCCACAAGGACACCGGCGACUCCGAUCGCACUGAUCCAGGAAACGCGCGUGUCUCCGGCUCGGGCCAGAGGGCGACGGAUUUGGGAGGAACCCCGCCCCCAACUUUGCAGCUGGAACUGCAGCCCGGGGCUCCCUGCGCCGCCCUGGCCCCUCUUCAGUCAAACAACGAACUAACGGAGCCGGGCCAGCUCUCGCCGAGGACACCCCGCUGCGGGGGGUCGCAUGGACCUUCCCUUAGACCGUGGUCGGUCGUGCUGAAAGGCGGGCUCGUCGCGUCCAGGGGCGCCGAGCCGCCUCUGCGUCCGGAGGGGUGGCCCGUGCCCCGUCGCAGCCGCCGCCCCUCCAACCGUGUGCUGUGUCUUAGAUUAACGUGCUGAAACUCCCGUAGCCCGUGCCCCGUGUCUAGUCCCCGCCACGCAGCGGCGGCGGCGUGCGUGGCUCAGGCGGUUGCGAUGCCGCAUGCGCACACGCCUGCCCGCCGCGUGUCAUGUGCCGUGUGUCCCUGUCCCUUGAGGUGGUGGCCCCGUCCGUCCGGUGUGUGCCGUGGGUGUCGUCAUGCAGUGCCGUAGUCGGGAUCAGUAAGUGGGUGGUUCUUGUUGCUAAAAGAAAACUCCUAACCAGUGUUCGCCCUCGUAGAGAUGCCCCAGGUCACUGUCACCAGAGGGACCGUCUCUUCUUGUCCAACGAUGCGACCUCGCAGCCACAGACGAGACACGCUCCUCCGGGGAGGCCGGGUCCCCACAGGAAGGGCGCGUCCCCCAGGGCAUCGGUGUGCGGAAAGUACAUUUUUUUAAGUUAAAAAGAGGGGAACUUUGUACUCUCCAGUUAUCUAAGGAUAAUAAACGUAAUUAGGAGAU